GUAUCCAAAAAUUCUAUUUCUAAAUGACAAGCACAUUUCUUUGACAGUUGUAACUGGGAUUUAAAGGAAGUGGGAUACAGAUUGAGGUAGAUACCCAGUCAUCACAACAGGUGUUCUGAUCAUCCGUCCAGCUGUAUGUCUCGCUGACAUUUAGGAGAGAGCCAGCACUUAUUCCGUCCUUUUUACUCAUGAUGCCGUCCCAUGUUCCAGAAAUACCCAACAUCCCACAAGUACCCAUAUGGAGUGCCCGCCAGCCCAACCUGCCCCCACCCCAGAGGAUGUUCCCGUCCAUGCCUAGAAACCACAUGGAGGCUGCUGCAAUGACCUAUAACCCUGGAUGCAGAUUUGGAAAAUAUUCAUCGAAAAUACCAAUGUCGCAGACAACCAUAUCUCCUAAUAGUUCAGUCACUGGGCCCCCCUUGUCCCAGGAAGCUUUUGAUUACUUGUGGCAUAGCUUAGAAGAGUGUACUGACCAAGGCCAGUACACUCAUAUACAACAGAGGGACUUGGAUUAUUCAUACGAGGAUAUAAAUGAGGAUGAAGAUACCACUAGCCUUCAGAUAGAAAGAUUUCAAAUAAAAUCGAAUCAUCAAGAUUCGAUUACAGAUCUGCUUAACCCCAUUAUUCCACAAUCAACAGCCUCGUCAAUGAGCCCAGACUCACAGACUGGCAUCAUAGGCAGCUCAACAGCAUCAUCCCCAUACAAUGAUACCAUCACAUCUCCCCCACCGUAUUCACCACACACAAGUAUGACCUCACCCAUUCCAACAGUUCCAUCCAACACUGAUUAUGCUGGGGAUUCUGGAUUUCAAAUAUCAUUUUCGCAACCAUCGAAAGAAACGAAAUCAACAACUUGGACAUACUCCGAAUCAUUAAAGAAACUAUAUGUCAGAAUGGCUACAACAUGCCCAGUACGUUUUAAAACACAGCGCCAACCACCUGCAGGUUGUAUUAUCAGGGCAAUGCCAAUUUUUAUGAAACCAGAACAUGUGCAAGAACCUGUCAAGCGUUGCCCAAACCAUGCAACAUCUAAAGAAAAUAAUGAGAAUCAUCCCGCUCCAACACAUUUAGUGAGAUGUGAACACAAACUGGCAAAAUAUACGGAAGAUUCUUAUACAUCCAGACAAAGUGUUAUAAUUCCCCAUGAGCAGCCCCAGGCUGGGUCAGAGUGGGUGACAAACCUGUUCCAGUUUAUGUGUCUGGGUUCCUGUGUGGGAGGGCCUAACAGAAGACCCAUCCAAAUUGUCUUCACCCUUGAAAAAGACAACCAAGUGCUUGGUAGACGGGCAGUGGAAGUAAGGAUAUGUGCUUGUCCGGGGAGGGAUCGCAAGGCAGAUGAAAAAGCAGCUCUCCCACCUGCCAAGCAGUCACCCAAAAAGAUUGGGAGUAAGAUCUCUUAUGGAACAGAAAUUACGACCAUAAUGCCUGGAAAGAAGAGGAAGUUGGAUGACGGAGGAGAGGAAUCUUUCACCCUGACAGUGCGUGGUAAAGAAAAUUAUGACAUUCUUUGUAAACUGAGGGAUUCCCUAGAACUUGCAUCCAUGGUUCCACAGAAUCAGAUUGAUCGCUACAAGCAACAGCAGGUGGAAGUGAACAGACAGCCCACUUUGAUAGCAGCAAGUCGAGAAUCCGAGGUGGUUGUGCAGACAGAGUCAACUAGUAGACAGGCCACUCUCCCAUUUACACCUGAGGUAGCCAAUCAGAUUCAAGUGUCUUCCUCGCAAAACGGUGCUGUCCAAGUGAUCCCAAUAGAGAAUGGAGACGCUCAAAUAAAGGAGGAGCUGUUGAAUGGCACUGACAAUAGCAUUGCAAGUUGGUUGACCAGCUUGGGCCUCUCAGCAUACAUAGACAAUUUCCACCAACAGAACCUGGUGACAAUGAGCCAGUUAGAAGAUCACACUUUAGAGGACCUCCAAAAAAUGAAGAUCGGAACAACACACCGCAACAAGAUUUGGAAGGGUUUAGUGGAGUACAAGAACUCAGUAAACUGCCUGGACCCAGAAUCCUUACAAAGAGAUAAUAGCACAGCUUCCUCCAUUAAUCUGAACUCCCAGGGUUCCAUAUCGCAGAGCUCCACCUAUUGCCCGGGAUAUUAUGAGGUCACCAGGUACACCUUUAAGCACACAAUUUCUAUGACACGAGAGACCAAGAGGCCGAGGACUGAUGAGUAAAUGCUGUAAGGACCAAAGAUUCCACACAACGAGCAGUACUGUACAGACAUUUUGAAAACUUUGUAUAUGUACGUUUUGGUCAAAAUGUUGAUGCUUAUUUAUGCAAACAAGGAAAUGUUUUCAAGAUUUUACAAUCUUUGCUCUUUUUUGUGAGAGGAGCAGUUUUGUAGAAAAUUGUUUCAGCUUUUUUUUUUCCCCUUGUCUAUUUGUUAAUGAUUGUUAUGUAUAUUUUUGAGUUUCGUAGAGUUAGCAUUUGAACAAGAGUAUAGACUUGUGUAUGGUCUUAUUUGCUUUUUUUGUUUUGCUAGGGUUAAUUGGUUUUUGUUUUGUUUUUGAUGUUAAUUUAAAAAGAGAUAUACAAUGACAAAACGUUAAUGGUGUUCAAAGUUCAUUGUGAACAAACUACUUCUGUGUUCAGUGAUGCAAUUACAUUGAUAUCAUGUUCAUGUCGUCCUGCGUUUUUAUAUCACAAGUGAAAUUAUGAUGGUGCAAUUAAAGUAUUCCAUUUUCAUUCCAUUUCAGUUUGAGAUGCAUUAAACUGUAUUUUUUAUGGGUCAUUUUAUAACCAUUGGCUUUCCAUGGUUUUAUACUUCUCAAAACAUUUUAAACAUUGUUGAUUUUGAUUUUUUUUUAAUUCAUAAAAAAAUUUAUGGUACUUAUGGUUUUAAUAAAAGUAUCUCCAUAACUUUCUUAAGUGGCAGAAAUGUUUUCUACUCAUCAUUUAUCAUCUCAUUUUAUGCAUCACAUAAAGCAAGUCAAGAAACUCUCCGUCCUGUUCCAUUUUCUGUUACUAGUUUUUUUUUUUUUUUUUCAAAGAAAAAGAAAAACAUGUUGUUGAGCAAUAUUCUAUAUUUAACUGAUAUGUAUUGUGUGUUACACGUGUCAUUUGCUGUGAAGUAUAUUUAAUGAGUGUGACAGUGUAUAGGGUUCAUUUUGAGUACAACAGUGUAUCCAUUACAAGAUUUUAUUUAUUUAUGAAAUUGAACCAUAUUUUGUUUUGCCUAAAUAAUGUUGUAAUACCCAAAUUAACUUGUACAUUUAUAUACUAUGUAGUGAGUAGAGUUGAUUUAUAUAUUUAACAUCUGUUUAAAUAACUUUACAAACAAUAUUGGAAUCCCUCUGAUGAAAUAUCUCAGCAUAUUUGGACAACACUGCCUUUCAAAGAUGUAAACUUACUGCAUUUGUCAUCAUCUUGUUUAAAUCUGUUAGGAUAAUUCAUUAUCUAAUGGAAGUAAUCACUGUUCAAAAAGCAUUUGCUUUGAAGUAGGUAUGAAAACGAAUUAAUGUUAGGAAGUGUUCGGACUUGGAGUGUGCAAUUGUUGACAUUGUGCCUUAGGAUGUGUUAUCAAAUUAAAUACAGCCACCUUAGCAGGCAAUUUCUCCUCACUAGCUGUCACAGGUUCAGACAGUAACAAACUAGAUACACGCCAUUAGAGCUCUCCUUCUUGUCAAAAUUACAGUGAGAAAGAUGUCUGUAAAUGGUAGCAUGAACGUAACUAUGUCCUAUUGCACUUGAAACAACAAAAAAUCAGUGCUUGUGUUCUUAGCCAAUAUUCUGAUGUGUAUAGUGUAUGUGUUUACCAAUAUUUCCUGUGUUAUAUGUGAUCUUUGUUUUACUGUAUUUGAAAAAAACCAUGAAUGAAACAAAAAGUUGUCUACUUAAAGCUGCAUAUGAUCGCCAUAUAUGUAGAGAGAGUAUUUUGAGACUUUUUUAUGUUAAAUCCAAAUUUAUGUGAUAAUUGAAUGGUUCAAAUGUUUCUUUGGCUUUAUCGAGAAUUUAAGAGAGAGAAGUUUUCUAUGAAUUGUUGAUUGUACAUACCUUGCAAAGUCUAUGAAGCUUACUUUUGAUAACCAUUAUAUGAUACAAAUAAUGAGUGGAAAAUGUUUUAUAAUUUUGUUUUACAAUACAAUUAUAUAAAAUAAAACAAGAAAUAUAUCUGAA